GCCUCAUUAACAUCUUUUUUAGCUGUAUUUGCUGUAAAUGCAGCUUGGUUUAACCAUAUUUUUAGAUGGGAAAGAAGGGAGGUACUCAUGGUUGACCACUGUGAAAAGAGCUUUCAGAUCUCCUACUAAAGAGAGUGACAGGAGGAGCUACAGGCAAAGAAGAGAAGAAAAUGACCAAGAGGAAGAUGAUGAGAAGGUUUUUCUUUAUGUUAAUUUGUUAUUAUCUUCAUUCUAUGAUCUAUAUAUUGAUUUUUGUUUUGAUGUUUUUGUGCAGAAGAGAGAGAAGAGAAGAUGGAUUUUUAGGAAAACUAUCAAUCAAGAAACGGUGACACAGCAAACCCCAAGAAAGGAGACAAGUACUGUUGAUGGCACCAGUAGUGGUAACGGUGCUGCGCAGGUUGAUCAUGCGGCCGUGGCGGCAGCGGAACAAAGGCACGCCAUUGCGAUGGAAGUGGCCACUGUAGCUACCGCCGAGGCUGCCAGGGCUUCUACUCAGACGGCGGCCGAGGUGGCUCGGUUCAUUAGGCCUCCGACUUUUAGUGCCAGAGAAAUAUAUGCUACCAUUGUUAUUCAAACUGCCUUCAGAGGUUACUUGGCAAGGAGAGCACUUCGUGCACUAAAGGGACUGGUAAAGCUGCAAGCACUAGUGAGGGGUCAUAAUGUGAGAAAGCAAGCUAAGAUGACACUACGGUGCAUGCAAGUUUUGGUUCGAGUCCAAUCUAGGGUGCUUGAUCAACGCGUUAGGCUUUCUCUAGAAGGUAUCAGAAAAUCCACGUUUAGUGACACCAAUAGCGUAUGGGAAACGCGAUAUCUUCGAGACAUCUCUGAUAGAAAACCAACGUCAAGAGAGGGAAGUAGCAUUGCAGAUGACUGGGAUGAAAGGGCACACACAAUCGAGGAAGUUAAAGCCAUGCUGCAGCAAAGAAAAGAAGCAGCAUUGAAACGUGAAAAGACGUUAUCUCAAACCUUCUCUCAACAGAUGUGGAGAAAUGGUAGGAGCUCCUCAAUUGGUGACGAAGUUGAGCUAGAAGAUAGACCAAAAUGGCUUGAUCGAUGGAUGGCUACGAAGCCAUGGGAAAGCAAAGCAAGAGCUUCAACGGAUCAAAGAGACCCCAUUAAAACCGUAGAAAUUGACACCUCCCAACCUUAUUCAUAUUUAGCAUCUAAUUUUAGAAGAACAAGCCAAAAUCAAUAUCAUCAACAAUACCAUCAAAGACCUGCUUCUCCACACCAUAGAGCCCACCAAAACACAUCCCUUCAUCACUCCCUUGUCACACCUUCUCCAUCAAAAACCAGGCCCGUUCAAGUCCGGUCUGCAAGCCCUCGUUGUGGUAGAGAAGAUAGAAGUUUUAGUACGUCUGAAACACCAAGCUUAAGGUCUAACUACUACUACACUGGCAAUGUGCAUCAACAUGCCAGAGGUGGUUCAAGUAGUGCUACUAAUUCUAGUGCAACAUUGCCUAAUUACAUGGCAGCAACUGAGUCUGCUAAGGCUAGAGCUCGUUCUCAAAGUGCACCAAGGCAAAGGCCAUCAACACCAGAGAGAGACCGAGUUGGUUCAGUAAAGAAGCGUCUUUCAUUUCCAGUACCAGAACCGUAUGGUGUAGGAAUGGGAUAUGGAGUUUAUGGGCAGAACUUGAGGAGUCCAAGCUUUAAAAGUGUAAGUGGAUCACAAUUUGGGUUGGAGCAACAGUCUAAUUAUUCUUCAUGUUAUACUGAGAGCGUUGGCGGUGAAAUUUCUCCUUCUUCUACUAGUGACCUCAGGAGGUGGCUGAGGUAAUUUAUGGUUAACUAAGUGAUUAUGACAAAGUGUGAACAACAAUAACUUGGUUAGAUUUGUAUUGCUUGAAUAUGAGGUUGUGAUUUAGAGGUGAUUGGGAUGUUAUGUAGAGGAUAUUUUGAUUUCUGCUCAUUAUUUUUUAUUUGAAGUUGAAGCUCUCCAAAUAUCAUGUCCCAGGAGAAUUCUUUUAAGUGUUUAGCAAGUAACUUUGUAAUUUUUUUUAUCACUCUUUGUUCUACAUAUGUUGUGCUGAUUAUCCUUCAACCUGUAUGUACAGAUCCAACUGCACUUCAAGAAAUGGCAUGAAAUAAUGUUA